AAAUAAAUGGCAAGUUCAUCUUUAGAUCUAACUCAAUGUUGCAUUGGAAAAAAAUUAAAUGAAAAUUGUCAUGAAGGAAAAUUUACCAAAAUCAAGAAGAUUAAUUUUUUUGAGGAAUUAACAAAAAAAGAUCAAGAGCUUGUGCACUUAAGAUGUAAAGUAAAUCCUAUUAAAACUAUUUGUAAUCACUAUGAAAAGAUAUUCUUGGAUAGAUUUGAGUCAUCGUAUGUUGGAAGCUUUUGUUGCGAUCCUUUUAACAAACACAAAAUUAAAAUUAAAAAAUCUGUCAGAGUAAUCAGUGCUAGUGUUGCAAAGGAAUUUGAUUUAAUACCUGGUUAUAAGCUUUGUACAGAAUGUCGUAAAAUAUUGCACUUAAGAAAACAAGAACAUGAAAACGAUUCAUGUAAAAAUCAAGAUAACGAUUUUAACGGGAUUCAUCUUUCAAAAGAAAACUUUAAUUUAAGCAUUAACACCUUUGGUUGUUCACCUCUAAAACUAGUAGCUUAUAAAGACAGAGUCAGCUAUGCAAAAAGAAAGAUUAACAAGAUCCAUACUGCAACCAAAAAGAAAGUAGCAACUGUUUUAGAUGUUUCUCCGGAUUUAAUAAAUGAUGAACCAAAAACAAAAGAACUUUGUUGCAAAAGUAAACAAGAUUUGGACUCACUAAUGGAAUUAAUUAACGCAAAGUUUGAUAUUUCUUCAAAACCAGAAAAACUUAAAUUGCUAACUUUGGUUCCUGAGAUUUCGAACAUUAACUAUACAGAAAACUAUUUUUCUGCUUCCCAAAGAAUGAUAAAAACUGCAAGGCAUUUGAAACAAAUGCAUGGCAUAAUGGCAGAGCCGUCUAAAAAAGAAGGAAGAUCUAUUAGUGAGAAAGUAAAAAAUCUAGUCCAUGAAUUUUACCAAUCAGAUGAAUACUCUAGAAUGUGUCCAGGAAAAAAACAGUAUGUCUCAAUCCAAGUUGAUGGUAAAAGACAACAUUUUCAAAAAAGACUGUUAUUAAUUAAUAUAAAAGAACUUUAUUUAGAGUUUGUUAAAAUUUCCUUAGAUGUCAAGAUUGGAUUUUCUAAGUUUUGUGAACUUAGACCAAAGUGGUGUAUUCCUGUUGGAGGUGCUUCAGGUCUCCACUCAGUAUGCGUUUGUGAGUACCACCAGAAUGCCAAACUUUUAGCAUUAAAAAUACCAGAUAUUUCAGACUAUAAAAAUCUCUUGAAAUUAGUUGUAUGUGACUUAACAAAUCGAGACUGCAUGCUGCAAUGUUGUGAUAACUACCCAGAUAAUGACACACUUAAAGAGUAUCUUACUACUUUGUUUGAUAAACAUAGCAUUGAAGAAAUCAACUUUAAUCAGUGGCAAAAAGCUAACAAAAAACAUGAUAUAGUUCCGGUAACUCUUUCAGUGGACGAUUUUAUUGAAAAUGCUUGUCAACAAAUAGACCAAUUAAGAGACCAUCACUAUAUAGCCAAAAAUCAAGCAGCAUAUUUGCAGCAUCUAAAAAUCACAUUAGCAAGUAAUCAUAUUUUAAUACUAUUAGACUUUGCUGAGAAUUACAGUUUUUUAAUUCAAGAUGCAGUACAAGGUUUCCAUUGGAACAAUAGCCAAGCAACAUUGCAUCCUUUUGUUAUUUACUUUACGGAAGAAAACAAGAUAAAAUGUAAAAGUAUUUGCAUUAUCUCAGAUAAUUUGCAACACAAUACAAACUCAGUACAUUGUUUCAUUCAUGAAGUAUUAAAACAUUUAAAAAACUUGAUACCCUACUUUAACCACUGCAUUUAUUUCAGUGAUGGUGCAAGUUCACAAUACAAAAAUUAUAAAAACCUAUCUAACUUAUGUCACCAUAAACAAGAUCAUGACGUAUCUGCAGAAUGGCAUUUUUUUGCUACAUCACAUGGAAAGAGUGCUUGUGAUGGUGUUGGGGGAACUGUCAAAAGACUUGUAGCAAGGGUAAGUUUACAAUCACUAGUUGAUCCUAUCAAUUCAUCUAAAAAAAUGUAUGAUUGGUGUAGACAAAAUAUUGAUGGAAUACAUUUUCAACACAUUUCAAAUAAUGCAGUUACAUUACAUUGCAUGAAAUUUAAAUUAGAAGAACGUUAUGCUACUUGUUCAACAAUUCCAGGAACAAGAAACCACCAUUAUUUUAUACCACAAUCAUUAACUACUUUACAAAUGAGACGGGUUUCAUUCGAAAAUGUGUUUACUAAUGUAAAUAUUUCAACAAUGCAACAGAACUAUACAAUUCCACUUGCAUCUCUUUCACCAGGAAUUUAUAUAGCAUGUGUUUUUGAUGAAAAAUGGUUUUUAGAUAAUAUUGUGGAAAUAUCUGAAGAAAAUCACGAUAUCCUUAUAAAGUUCAUGAAGCAGUCUAUUUCCUCUAACACUUUUACUUGGCCACAUAAAAAAGAUAUUUGCUGGGUUUCAAUAAUGCACGUUCUAUGCAAAUUUUCAUCUUUAAAAGUGCAAUCUGGUAGAUCAUCUACCAGUUGCUGAUUGCACUGCUUAUUGAUAGUUCAUAGCAUUUAAGAUGCUAUGAACUAUCAGCUCAAGAAAAAACUGAAAUAAUACAUUUGUGGAAUAGAAUGUUUAAUAACGAAAUUAUAUAAUAACAAAGCAAAAUUUUUAUAAGCUUGAUCAAUCGAAAAAAUGUAUUAAAGUAUACUUGAAUGACUCCAUCUUUAUGUUGAUUUUUUAUUAAAUAAUGUUUUUUAAUGCAUAAUACGUAUUAUAUAAUUACAUAAUAAACUUGUGUAUUGCAAUGACAAAUCAAAUUACUCUUAUCACUUGAUAUAAUCUGUAAUCUAAAUUUAAACAUGACAAUAAUAAAAUGGGGAAAAUGAUACUAAA